UUUCAAUAUGGCGAACCGCGACAAAGGACGCAGAAAGUGGGGAGGAUAUUCACAAGGUCCUGAUUGGACGACGUUCUUCCUUCCCGAAAAGAAACUCUGCUAAAACGUUCCAGUGCUGUCAAGAGUAUCAACACGAACGCUUUGUUAAUCAAUGAACUCUAAGUUAGAGAAGGAGAGAUUGGCAGGGAUGCGUGGCGGAGGGAAUAGAGCAUCUCAGGCUUUAUACAGACCAGGAAGUGGACCCCUUCCUCGCAAGACAAGCAGGUCUGGCAGCACUGCCGACGAAUAUGACAACGAAAUUGGCACGCAAGACAAAUCCAGAUCAACCUCCGUCCAACAUCGUCUGAGACAGUCACAAUCCAAUAGAUCUAAUCAAGCAAAGGACAGCCCACCUCUGUCACAGAUCGACGAUGUAACCGACAAAUUGGAUAACACGCAUAUCCAUUAUAGAAAUAGCAGCAACAUUGAUCAGACAUCGAGCAUCAGUCACAGUAUCAGUAAUACAGGAGCAGGAGGAGGCGAUCCAAAGAGGAAAAACAGGAAACCCGAGCAGCCGAUUUACGUGCCGAAGAAGGUGAAGGAAGCGUUGGCAGAACAAGACUCGUCCAACACAAGAUCUCCCACUCAUAGUACCCAUACACACAGUGCGUGGGAAAGAGAGAGAGAAGAGAGCGACGAUCGUGACUCCCACUCCAACCGUAGUCACAAAAGCGACCGUAAUCGCCCGAGUGGUAACAGCGGUCGAGACAAUGAUGGCGAAAGCAGAGUUAGAGAUGACAAUAGUAAACGGUAUUCGGGUAACCGGCGACAUCGUCAUGUUAAUGAGAACGAGGAGCGUUGGCGGUCGGAUUCGCCGAUGUCCGCUAAGAACUGCCCGAAUCGAAGGGAUAAUCUGCGCGAAGUCAGACAGGGCUCGGAGCCUUUGUCGGCAACCAAUCAGUUGAAUGACUUUAAUCGUACGAGAGACACUCGUAGCGUGGAACCUACUGGACAUUCCGAAAAAUUUCAAGGCAAACCACCUUCGGGCAAACGGAAUAAUGGGAAAGAUUGUUUACCAAAAAACAUGAAGUUGGAGCUUUUGCCACCACGGCUACAAAAAAAGUAUCUCGCGGAUAAUGGGUAUCCUGUACCCACGAGCAAUCCGGGAACGUCUACGGAGGAUUCUUGGAAUGGUGGCAGCAUUACAUUUCAGCAGGGUUCGUCCGGUUACAAUUAUCCUCCGACGAUGCAACAUUCACAAACGAUGCAAAACUUGCCGCCAUCAGGACCGUUACCACCGCAAUCUAGCUGGGCGAAUACCGUGCCAGCGAGAAGCAGAGGAAGGGGCAGACUCAGACCCGAGGAACUGGAAGCUACAGCGGCCAGUAUCUUCAGACCUGUCACUCCUGAACAGUAUUCGGCGCCGAGUUCCAGAUCUCACACACCCAGUCAAGAGUAUAUAAACCGGUCUUACGAUCGUCGCGGUAGCAACAGCACGUACACCAGCAUGGAAAGCUUAAGCCGCGCCGACAGCAUGAUGAUGCCGCCGCCACCGCCGUCAUCCGCAUCGCCUGCAACUUCUCAGUCGAAUUCGAACAGAGGUUACAAGUCGCCCGAGAUCCACCGCAGAGGAGGCGCGACGUCCCCGAUUGGCUCGCAACAUCGCACUUGCAACACGCAAAGAGCAACCGGAAAUACGUACGAUCCUAAUUCGGAAUUGGACAAGCAGAACAAUCAGCAGACCAUGAGCGGUAGCUCGUUCAAGGCCGAAGCAUUCAAUCCAUCGUCCAAUGCCGCGUCUGAUACCGGUGCAUUCGAUUGGAGCGAAGAAGUGGAACUGAAUGAGAAGAUGGAGGCGGAAUACCUGAGUCGCAGCUCCUCUAUACUGAGUAUACGUGAGAGUGCGAGUAUGCCGCGAAGUCAAGCCGUGGGCGAGAGCUAUAAGCGACGUAAAAAAAAAAAGCGUGAAAAACACCACGCUGGCGACCGUGGUAGCAGCAAAGGGCGAGGCAACAGUCGAGAGCGUCAGAAAAACCAGCAGAACCGGGAGAAUGACAACUACAAUAAUAAUCAAAAGAAUAAUAAUAAUAAUAAUAACAGUAGGCGACACGAUUACAGAAGGCAGCGUAAUAUUAUUCAACGUAGUCGAGAAUCUAGCAAAGACAGGAAUUAUCGCAGCUACAGAAACUUCGACGAUCAUAGACCCAGAACGGACAGGUACUUAGACGAAGACUGGAGAACAGGAAGAAAGAUAUCGAUUUGCGACUCCGACGAUGGCAGGCAGACUCCGAAAGUCUUUUCCCACAUCGCUCCGCUUUCCAACGCGAACUCAAACACGACAACUCACCGAUCCUCUCCGACGGGAUACAGCAACGCCCAACCGGGCGUUUUAAUCUUGCCUGAUGCUAAUCAAUCGUCUCCCAAACAGACGUCUGCAGGCCCUCAGCAAGGAGUUGGACAGCAGCAACAACAGCAACAACAGCAGCAGCAGCAGCAAAGAACGUUAUUUGACCCAAACAACCCGCAUAAACCUAUCGUUAUCACUUCACCUGGCAGCAGAGCUGCAGUACAGAGGGACAGUGAGCUGCACGUAUCCAGUGUUCCAGUAUUUCAGUCUAAUGUAGGUAUCACGCCAUCGCAUCAUUCUUUCCAAGGAGCUCAAUUGGAUGGUAUGCCAGCGCCGUACAUGAAUGACCAAUUCGGAAACAUAAGACCCACGUGGUACGAACCGUAUUCAGCGAGUUUUCACUCGGCGAAGAAUCACUGCCUUCUCUUGGACAUAGAACGCGCCGACCUGGAAUUGCAAUGGAUACUAAGUUCCGGCGGCUUCACGUCAUGUUGGGACAGAGUUUCAUAUAUACGACAUUUCCUGCAACAGAGUCUGAAGAUCCUGCUCGAGACCGAUAUCAAAUUCUGCCAGGCGGAGAACGUCGAGCAACAUUUCUGGAAGAUCUUGUUUUACAAUCUGAUCGAGAUGCUGCGGAAAGCAAUGUCUAAGGAGAGUACGGAGGGACGAGACCAUUACAAGAAGAUAAUGUUGAAUAUCAUUGACGAGGGUACUACUUAUCUGGAGAGUUUGCUAACCACUCUCGAAACCACGUACGACUUCAAGUUGGACACAUUUCUCGCGUCCUCGAGUCUACCGAAGGGAUUGGGGCUCCUGGGAUUGGCCUUGGUUAGCGCGCAGAAAAUCUUCGUGUUUUUGGGCGACCUGGCGAGGUACAAGGAACAAGCGAACGAGACGACCAAUUACGGAAAAUCAAGGCAGUGGUACCUGAAAGCGCAGCAGAUCAACCCUAAAAAUGGCAGACCCUAUAAUCAGCUUGCCCUAUUGGCGCAUUACGCAAGACGAAAACUGGACGCCGUGUAUUAUUACAUGCGAUCUCUCAUGUCAUCGAAUCCUUUUCAUUCCGCCAGGGAGAGUUUGAUAGCGCUGUUCGACGAAAACCGGAAGAAGUAUCUACAUUAUUACGAGUCUAUCGAACGUAAGCGGAAGGAGGAAAGGGAGUCGAAGGAGCGUGCGAGGAUGAAGGAGAAAGAAGGCGCUAACAUCAUCGGCGGCGGCCUCAGGAGAGAGACGUGGAUUCAUCCGGGCGACGGUAGACGGGUGCGGCGUACGACGAGCGCGGCCACUGCCAACGAAGCGAGGCUCUCCCACAGCGACUUGGAGGAGUUAUCGCAAUUAACGAGUGUCGAGGUGAACAAACGCUUCGUUACUUCGUAUCUCCACGUCCACGGCAAGCUCAUCACCAAGAUAGGGAUGGAGACUUUUCAAGAAGCCGGUGUUCAGAUGCUGAAGGAAUUCAGAGCUCUGUUGCAGCACUCGCCGCUACCGCUUCCCGGUACGCGUCUACUUCAGCUUCUGGCGCUCAACAUGUUCGCGAUUGAGACUACGCAGCUGAAGGACUCCCAGAUGGAACAGGGAUACAGAUCGGAGGUGCAAGAACGAGCGCUCGUGGUGUCGCUGCAGAUGUUCAGCCUGAUCUUGGAACGCGGGGUAUCCCUGCUGAAGGCUCAGCUAGACAGCGGGAAGGAACCGAGGCUGGUAGUCGGCGAGGAUCUGCAAGUGCUUCUACCGGCUAUUAAGAUCUGGUGCGACUGGAUGCUCUGUCAUAGCACGGUCUGGAACCCGCCGCCGUCUUGCACGGAUUACAGAGUCGGACCGCCCGGAGACGUGUGGAGCAGACUGGCAACGAUGGUGAACCUUCUUGAGAAAUUAAAUUACACCGGGACAACCUUGAUUCAAGCCAAGGAAGCCGAGGGUCGCGAAGAAGAAUUGGAACUCGUGAAACUGCCGGAAGACAUCACGUUGGCGGGAUUCACUCCCCUCAUGCUGAAUCCCCAGGAUCCUUCCUACGUGGAAAAGACUUUGGUGGACAUGGAAGUGGCUCAGGUGUGCCUGAGGAUAAGCAAGAUCCUCUUUUUCGGUCAAGUGUUCUUGUGCGGCUUGGAGACACCGGUGCUGAAACUGCAAAAGAGCGAGACCGGCGUCAGCGAAUACGUCUCCGUGGUCGAGGCCUCGAGCACGAGUUUGCCGAGUUCGCCGCCGGAACAGAGCGACUCGGAGCUCCUAGUGGAGAGUUACAGCGAGGGGGAGGAGGAAUCGAUUUCCAAGCUGAGGAGAUUACCCUCGUGCAGCGUGCCCGACGAUACGACGGCUCCCGUGGCGGCGGUCGAGAUAAGGUCGCUGAUCGAGAGGAAGGAAGAAUUGGAGAGGCGGCAGCGGAAACAAGAUCGGCAUCGACAACGGGUGCAGGCGAUCUUGCAGAAGUCCUCGGUAUCGGUGGAGAUCGAAGUGAGACCGAGGCAACUGGUGCCGGACACGAACUGCUUCAUCGACUACUUGCCGCAGCUGCAGAUCAUCGCAAGGGCCAUUUCCGGCGCGCAGCCGAUCUACACUCUCAUGGUGCCACUUGUCGUGCUAAAUGAGCUCGAAGGUUUGGCCCGGGGCGCCGAUGCGAGAGAUUGUCCACCGGCGUCGAGGGCGGCGCUGGAUCCCGAGCAUGUGGCGCGAGUCGCCGAGAGCGCCAAGGCGGCAUUGGCCUUCGCCAGAAGCCGAAAUCCGGCUAUCCGCUGUUUAACCACAAGAGGCACCGUUCUCACAUCCAGCACUUUUACGGUGGAGGAAGACGUCGACAAGGACGGACUGACACGGAACGACGACAGGAUAUUGAUCACGUGCCUCAGCCUCUGUAGAAUGAGCAGCAAAGACCAAGCGAACGCAGCAGAGGAGGGACAACCGCGGCGUUUGAGACGGGAGGUGGUCCUGCUCACCGAGGACCGGAACCUCAGGGUAAAGGCUUUGGCCAGGGACGUACCUGUGAGGGAAGUACCCGACUUCAUGCAAUGGGCUGGACUCGGCUGAGACAUCAGGACGUGAUCGCGACCAACUGUCCCCGCUGACGAGAAAUCUCCCGUGUUUCUGCCGCACGAGCUCGAUCAGCACAAACAACAAGCCCGGACGCAAGACGAGGGGAAGGAACCGAAAGAAAUGCCAAACCGAUCUUCGUCGCGAAUUCUUUUCGCGGUCGAGCGUCGACCGUCGACUGUGGCCGCACGCAACGCUGUUAUUGCGUAAGUGCGCAUCUCAACUGGAUAUACAAUGUAACCAGUCUCUCUCCCGAUACGAUAUGCCCUUUUUUUUCCUUUUUUUUUAUCUUCUUGUAAACCCUCCACGGAGAGGCACUGCGUGGAGGGUGACGAAUGAAAAGAAAAAGAAAGAAAGACGAAGGAAUGAAGGAGGAAUCUGCGCGCGACCGCGUGAAACCGCGAGCGAUGUAUGGUGUAUACACGAAGUGACGAGUAAGAAACGCCUCGAAAGAACUUGCCGCUCGCCGUUUCGGCCGGAAACGCCGAGCCAUUCGAAGACUCCUCGAGCAUGACCGUGACACUUCCUACCUUGCAUCACCCUUAACUGUUCCAUGUAUCUCGAACGUGUAGACGCAAAAUCUCGACGAGAGCUUUUUCGCGCGGUGACGUGUAACGGAUGAGCCGAGAGACGCGUUGGGCGCGACCAAAGACGUCCAACCAGGCGUACAGGCGCGGCGAAGUAAAUUUGCGAAGAAAAAGGGGGAGAGAAGACGAGGUGGAGCGCAACGAGAACAGAGACAGGGAUAGAGAGACUACGAGAGAGAACGGUAAAAAAAAAAAGGAAAUACAAAAGAGAACCCUGCUGUCUUGCAGUUGUUGCCGCUAUUUGUAGAUUGUUUUUAUCGGUGACGGCCGCCGCCUAUUGCGGCCGGACUUGUUUUGCACGAUUUCGUUCGGCGAUAUUCACUUCGUUACGCGAGACACAUCAUUAUCUAAAUAAAAAGAAGAGAGAGAGAAAGAGAGAGGGGGGGGGAGAGGAGGGGAAAAUUUUUAUACGUAUCAGUGUCGCGCGACGACUCGACGCGCGCGCGUCGCCUUCGUUUAUUGCGAUCGCGAAACGUGUCUUUUUUAUUAUCGUCGUCACGAGUCCCCAUUGACAUUUCCCGACGAGACGCGAUCCUCCCCUCCGUUCCUUACGUUAAUGUCAUUAACGUCAUUACCUAUAAGCUGCCAUAAAGUGAAUUAUCGGUGACGGUUCAUUUCCAACGAAUGAACAGCGGUAACCGGUCGCGUUGCAUCGCCGCAGAACGAGAUGACGAUCGAUCUAAUCGCGACAUCGAUCGCCACGAUCAACCUCGUGAAAGUUACUUUGGAGAUGAUCGAGAGAGAGAGAGAUAGCUGCUCGUUGCCGAAAAUCCACGUUCGUCCGCGCGUAAAAUCUCACGACGUUAAUCUUACGACGAUCGAAAAUUGAUAUCGCACAUGCAGAAGAUCUUAUAAUAAAGACGGCUACAAAAGUUCGUAAUACUGACUAAACUGGAAUUAUUAUCGAAAUUAUUAUGUGUGUCGUAAUCUUUGAUGAUGUGUACACAUGAUAUACAUUAUUAAAGAUUACAGCACAUAUCAUAAUUUCAGUCAUAAUUCCGAUGUGGUCCGACACAUUACAAAAUCUUAUGGCAAUCAUUACUACAAUAUUUUCUCUGUGUACAAAUUCCGCAUAGACACGUUGAAAAAUAUUUCAAGGAAAACUCCUCAGCCGCGCGACACUGCGAAUGUACGUAGAAAGAAAGUGUUAGAUUCAAGCAAAUAAUUACUUCAGUACCCCUCAGCACAUUUUUAUUCAACAUCACUAAGUAAUAUUUACUUAACCCAAGUGAAAUAUUUUCUAAGUAAAUUAUCCGAUUAAAAUAUUAACUCGAUACAAGUAACGUUUGUCCAAUCUGAAUAAAAAUUUGCCAAGGAGCGUUGGAGUAAUUACUCACUCGAAGCAACACUUUUUUUUCUUCUGUGUAUCCUCGCGCAUCGAUCGAACGUCGACUUUCGGGCGAAGGUGCGAUCUCGCCGAUCGUCUCCGUGAACGUGGACGUACCUACUACACGUACGCGCGUACACAAUAGCCAAUGAGGUGCGCGGCACCUCUUCCCAUUUGCCUGCGGGUACUCGCUUGUGUAGCUUGUACAUUAACACUUGUGGUACGCCGGCUUAAGACUUAGGAGUUUAGCGUAAGAAUAUAUACGAGACACGCGGAUCGAUUCUGCACAGAGAGAAUGAUCGCCCGCGCGAUUGUAACCGUGGUGUUCUUUAGAAUAUCGAAGAUUAACUUUUUAACGGCCGGAGAAACGGAAUAUCGGGGAGAGCGCGGACGAGAGCGCGCGAGAUCGCGAUCGCGAACAUUCCGGCACCGUUCGGCGACGAGGAGGAGGAAAAGGACGACGACGACGGUGGUAGUGUCUCGAUCGACGUCGAGCUGGCGCGCAGGAUGUCAGUAUGUGGCUCGGCUACGUGUGCUUGUCGGCGCGAUCGCGAUCGAGCGCGAGAUUAGGAUUCGCAGGGAGGAAUACGCAUCGCGAUCGAUGUUGCUCGCGCGGAUCGGUAUCGAGCGGGCGCCUCGGGGCCGCUUUUUCCUAGGACGCGAGUCGUCUAGGGAGCGAGAGAACCGCGAGCACCAGCGUCGGGCUGUUUCCUUCGCGUUUUUUAGUACUCCUCGCUUUUGUCAGACGUAUACGAGACCUUGCGGGAGAAACUCGGAAGCGCACCGUGGUCGAGACACGCGCGACCAGCAAGGAACUGGGGGACCGACCGAUCGAGUAGCGAACAGGAUGUCCUAUUUUUCGACAAAGAUAAGGUAGUUACUUAAUGCUCCGUAGCGAUUAAAGGAGUGUGUGCAUGCGAGAGAGAGAGAGAGAGAGUGAGAGAGAAUGGCAAUUAGAUUAGACGGAGAAGAGACGGUCUUAGCGGAGAAGAGCGAAACGUUUUUUCGACACACUAAAGAUCACGUCUACGAGGAACCUCGACGUUACCCGAAGUAUCGUCUAAAUUCUCGCGAAUUGCACCGAGUCGGCGAGUAGAAGAAGAGCCCACCCGCGCAGCCCGGGCGAAAUCGUUUCGUUACACCGCCGCCGUUCCGCUCGAGAAACCGCACCGUAGUUGGAACGGAGAAGAAGGUCCCACCGCGGUAUGCCGAGUGUCCGGAGUAUCCCGUUCGUUCGUCGCCGCUUUAACGGCACAAGAAGCAUAUGAAAAUAUCUCUUCCGAUCUGUCCCGUGGGAAAGUGUCCCCUCUGUGAAAGCGAAAUUGAGAAAAAAAAUUCCGCCUGCGUACGGGCUCUUCUGCCGCUUGCGGAUUUCAAUAAUUUUUCCGUGAAAAAUCGCGAACGAUCGCUCGAACGCGCGAGUAGGGAACGCGCCAAGUCAGGUUCUGCGAAACACGUCGAGGUCUUAUUUAAGCGUAAGUACUUCUCAAUGUCGCCAGGAGACGGUGAAGUAUCGUUUACCGACGAUACCUCGACCAGGAUUCAGAAUUGACGCGUUGAAAGAGAGAGAGAGAGAGAGAGAGGGAGAGAGAUAAAGAGAGGUGGAUAGAAAGAGAGAGAAAGGGAGAGGCGGAGAAGGAGAGAGAAUGAGAGAAAUGAGAGAAAUGAACUUCACGCCUGCGAACGAGAAGUUGUUCGUACCUCUCGUCCUUCGGCGUGUCCGUUUGCUUUGGCGUCUUUUUCUUUUUUUCCCCUACACCACCUUCUUCCCCGACGCCGUUUUUAGCUCAAUUUUUUAUCCGAACCUCCGCGGCGAGAGUGCGUGUCGAUGAAGUUGACGAAGUAUACACGAAGCACCGACGAUGUACACAGUAUCAUUGUUUUUUCAUUAAUUUCUAAGUAUAUCAUUCAUAGACUUUUUAAUGCGCGUGUUCGGUCGCCGUAAGCGACCAAAUAAUUCAUACGAAGACAAGCAAAUGUUCCGGGGCGAAAGGAGAUGAGCGAUAAGCGGCCGGGCGAAAUCGAUUGCGCGAGCGCAGAAUGCAAUCGCCGAUACACAAGAGGAUAUUAUCGGUAAACCGUCUUUUCUUUUUUUUUUGUCCUUUUUUUAUAUUGACGUUGAUGCGCGGGAUGUGCCUUUAAUCGCUGCAAAGAAACGCGAAAAAGCCGUUCCUAUGCACAAUCGACCGAACGCGCGUCAAAGAUUGUGACGAGAAAUAUUGCGUUAAGUAUACUUCGACGCAUCUUAUAUCGCGAAUGUCAAUGUUUCCUCUGUAUGAUCCCUCAUCAAGUUGACAUUUUUUGUUAUCUUUGUUACCAUCGUCAUUGUAAUGCGAGAAUGAAUGAGAUAUUAGGUCUGUUCGCUGAAAUGGUGCAUACUUCCGGAAUUUAAAAAGAAACAUAGGUAACGACUUCGUGUCGAAAAAACGAGGGAAAUAGAACUAGUGCAAGCUCUAGUGCAAGCUCUAGCGUAGCUGGUUCAACUAUAAGGAACAGACCAAUUCGUAUACGAAGUUCGGGCAAACAUUUUUACGUCGUACGAAGACACGUGCCGCGUACAGUCGGCUGUCGGUUUUUUUCAGUUUUGUUUCCUAAGGGGACAGUUUAUCGAUAAUCUCCAUCAACUAGUUGUACAAUAAUAACAAUCAGGGUAUAGUUUGCAAUUCUAUUCCGAGCAUAUCACAUAGCGUUUAUCUGUACUAUCGGGUCCCUUUUUCUGCAAUAGCCGUAGCAGUGCAAUAGAUCUCACCAUUCGUGCGGAUAAUAUCGCCACCACGAUAAGACUAUCCGUCCCUCCCUCGAGCCUCACGAUCCAUUUUCGCUGUUUCGAUGUAACAUAUAACUUCACUCGACUCACUGCGGUCUUUCACUAUGAAAUUGCAUACGUUGAUCUUGUCGUGGCCGGCAGCGACCGAACGAUUGGCUUGCGCGAUCGAGUUCACGUUAGCCCGUGCUUGUGUGAGAGAGAGAGAGAGAGAGAGAGAGAGAGGAAGAUACAGAGGUUGGAACGCCUGAUUAAUAGGUAGACAAUUGUCACGUAAGAUAGACAUCGUGAUUUUUAGCGUACGAUGUAUCCCGGAAACGGAAUUCCGCGACGCGACUCCCGGCGUCCCGCUUCCGAGAUAACUCUCACACCGUAAGUGUACCUAUACCUAUAAAUGUAUAUAGGUAUAUAUAAUUAUAUAUACGUGUUAUAUAUAAUUAUACAUAUAUAAAUACACCCCCCCCCCUCUCAAUUACCAACAAUCACACUCACAUUCACUCAGACACACCUACACGUACACACACACGUACACACCCGAUUUUAUGCUAGAUUCCCGCAAUAUCUAUUAAAUCUAUGUACGUGUAUUAUCAUGUGACGAAGCAAGAACAACCUGUUUGUAUUUCGUCUCAGGAAAAGCUAUUUGGCGAUACGAUACUAUACGUUACGAUAACGACGAUCAAGAUGAACCGUGGGGACGAUGAUGAUGAUGCUACGGCGGAAGUUUUUAGGCUAAUCGUUUAUUACACUUAUGAGAAAUGUCGCUACUAUAGUGUUACCACUUUGAAUAUUCAAUAAAAAGUGACGUUGAACCCC